CCGCCCAAGCCAACCUAACAUUUGAGCUGCAUAAUUCAUUGUGACUGUUAAUGUAAGAGAAGUUUAUAGCAACUUAGUGCAAAUUUGCAGUACAGAACAAUACAUAUUUUUAUAUACUCUGUUGUAUUGUAAGCAGAAAAGUUAGUCCUGCUGUUAAAGUUCAUUUGUGUGUAGAGUAACAGCCAGCAGCAUCAGCUAAUAUAGCCAGCUAAGCACAGGUCAUUACAGGGUCAAUCUGAGUACUCUAGUCACCUGACAGUCUAGUCCAAUCAGAACCCAGCCUCACUCUGGGAGCUCUAGAACCUAGCCAGACAGCCAGCAGCCAUCUUAGAGACAGAAUCUUCAGAGAGCAUGUCAGAGUAAAGAAACUGCCCUUAAGAUCCUAUGAGGCGAAAAUAGUUCUACCACUUUCUACCACAUUCUACCGCAUUCUAUGCGCACUUACUGCACGUAUAUCGCAACAAUAUUAAUAAAACUGAUCAUCUUUGUUCCUGAUUCCCUAUCCUGAUGAUGUUACCAAUAAAGAAAGUUAUUUUUGUACCAGUGGUAUGUUCUUAAAGUCUUUCAAGGAUCCGAGGACAGUUACAGUAGAACUAUUACCCUCUGAGGAGGCGAGAAGACGCACCUCAUCAGAGCUACAGCAGAAGUCAUAUCAAGUGUGCCUCAGAGUGUAAUUUCAAGCCCUUAAAGAGACAGUGCGCUAAAAAGUUAAACAGCACUGUAAAGCUAACCUGCCUUUUCUGUGGCCAUAGAGUUGACAAAAUACCACAGAAGAAGUACAAAUAGAGCCCAGUAUUGCACCCAAGUAGAUGUAUGCCUCUCCUGCAGCCUUCAGAGUCAGAGCAUUGCCACAGCGAGAGCGCACAUAUCGACAAGCGUGUUAAUGCCCAGAGUGAAACAACCACGUGCUGCAAUUCACCCAGAGACAUCGCACACAAGCAGAGCAACAAUCCUGAAUGCUGCAUCUCAGCUAGUAAAGACACAGACAGCAUUCAGAAAGUAACUCAAGCAAGCCACAGACAUUCACAGCUGCAUCUCUGCAAGCAAAGACACAGACCGUCAGCAUCCUGUAAGCAACUGCAAGCAAGCCAAAGUCCCUCACCUUGCAUCUACUUCUGCAAAGACUGAUCCUGAGUGAUUUCUAACUUCUAUAGAGAGACACUUAAUUUGAAUCAGCAAGCCGAGUCACUGUAUCCUGCUCUUCACAUUAAGGUCAGGGUUUCCUGUUUAUUCCUUAUUGAUGGUCAUGUGCUGACUUUAACACAUUAAGAGGUAUUGAAUAAAAGGUAAUAAGAACUUUUAAAGAAUCCAGAGAUAUUUGCAUUAUAGGGACUUUAUGUGAAUUUGAAUAAAGUUAUUUAUUCCUUUGUGUUUAACUUUAACUCUUUCAGGUCAAAAUGUCUGUUUAUAGUGAUUCAAUGCCAUUGAUAGAGGGUGAAGUGUUAAAUAGUGAGAGAUAUUCCCUACAGCAGAAAGUAUUAGAGUUAAGGGAAACCUUAAAGUCAGAGAUAAAUCCUGAAGAGAUAGAAAGGAUAAAUUGUGACAUAAAAGAGUACCUGUCUAAGAUAGAGAAAUUAGAAGCUGAGCUUAGGGAGUCUCAAGCAGUCUCAGAGCAGAUAAGCCAGUUGAGACAGUCAUCUCGUGAGAGAAGACCUGCCCCAAAAAUGCUAGAAUAUAUGCAACAAGAGGCUGCACACAGAGAAAGGAAAUUCAACCAAAUGUACAUAAAAUGGAAAACGCACACUAAUGAGGUUCGCAUGAAGCUAAAACAAGAGUGUACAGAGCAUGAAUUAUCCAACAUGAUGGAUGCUGUAGAGAAACACGAGUUAGAUAUGAAGACAACAUAUGAGGAGCUAAGGUCUCACACAGUACCCUCCCAGGACAUUAAAAGGAAGAUCGAUACAUGCACUGCAAUAACAGCAGAUUUAUUAGGGCUUAUGAGAAUACGAUCAAUUGAAAACGACUUUGACGCAGAGACAGAGAGAACAAGGCUACUAGAACUUUAUAAAAGGGAUUAUGCAAAGUCCGUAUAUGGGUCCACAGUUUCAAGAGUAGCAUCUUCUAGCAAACAUUCUAGCCACUUAUCUAAGUGCACCAGUACCUCAGCCAAAAGAGUAGAAGCAUCUGCACAACUUGCCGCUAAAAGAGCUGAGAUUGAGAUGGAAGCUGUUAUCGAAGCACAACGUCAACAAUUAAAAAAGUUGAAAAACCAAAGAGACAUCGAGGUCAUAGAAGCUAAACUUAAAGUAUAUGCUGAAGAGGAAAUAAAAGAAAAUGGUGAUAGAUCCAGAGCAGUACUUCCCGAGGGAACAGAUCCCUGUCCCUCUAUCCUCACUGAGGAAGACAGAAAGAAAUCUAAGGCAGUGUGUAGUGAGAGAACAGAUCCCUGUCCUUCUAUCCUCACUGAAGAAAACAGAAAGAAAUCUAAGUCAGUGUAUAGUGAGAGAACAGAUCCCUGUCCUUCUAUCCCCACUAGUCAUCAUAGUGACCAAGGAAAUGUUGCAGCUAUUGCUCAAGCAAUACAUGAGACAAUGGUUCUUACAAGACUUCCAACUCCUGAACCAACUGUAUUUUCAGGAGACCCAUUGAAGUUCAUAGAGUGGAGUACAAGCUUUGAAGCACUUAUUGCACGUCGCUGCUCCAAUCCAGCAGACAAGUUGUUCUACCUACAGAAGUAUGUUAGUGGAGAAGCAAAGAGUGCUCUUGAAGGUAGCUUCUACAGGAAGGAUGAAGAAGCCUUUAAACAAGCAUGGGAGAAGCUGAAAACACGGUAUGGUCAUCCCUUUGUAGUACAGCGAGCCUUUAGAGAAAGACUUAACAGUUGGCCAAAGAUAGGCUCUAAAGAGUAUGUUAGGCUUAGAGAGUAUGGUGACUUCCUGCAAGCAUGUAGCAACGCCAUUCCUCACAUAAAGGGUUUGCAAGUACUGAAUGACUGUGAAGAAAAUCAGAAAAUGUUACUUAAGCUGCCUGAUUGGGUGACCUCAAGAUGGAAUCGUCAUGAACUAAACAGUUAGACCAAGGAAAGGAGUAUCCCAGUUUUGAAGAGUUCUCUUCAUUUGUCAAUUCAGAAGCACGUAUAGCAUGCAAUCCAGUGUCAUCCCUCCACAUUCUGAAACCUUUGGAAGGAAAGCCAACGAGAGAAAUAAAACGUGCAAAGGUCACUUCAUUUGCAGUCGAUACAAUGACUAAAGACCAUGAUACCAAUGAGAGUAAGACUAAGGUCAUUGAUGUACUGAAUAGAGAGAAAGCACGGACAGAGAGUCACACACCUCUUCAAUGCAUGUUCUGUGGAGAGAACCACUCCAUCUACAAAUGUCAACAAAUGAAGG